GAACAUCUUGAUUCACUUAUGUUUUGCAUUCAAAAGUCCGUUAAUGCCAAUAGUAUAUCUGUCCUUCAUAAAUCCUAACAGUUGCGUACCUGCUGACUGUACAUAAUCCUUCAUCCCAAUCCCCCACUACAUAAGCACCAGCCUCAUUUCAUCCACCUACCCGCAGCACUCCCAAAAAUCACCACGGUAUUGAUAUAAAAGAAUCUCUCUCACAAAACCAAAAAAAAACCCCCAAAUACCACUCCAGAAGCCAAACUAUUCAUUCUAAAAGACAAGCAAGAAAGCGAUAAACCUCUCCUCCUCUAUUAUAUCCAGCUCUCACUACUCCCUACUCCACAGCCCCGCCACCCAGCAUGCCAACCUACCUCCUUGAAAUAGAUCUCUCCGCCAAAAACACCUUCGAACACUUUACCCAAGUCAUCAAAACUCUCUCUACCACUCUCAGCGAUUCCAACACCCUUUCCGAAUUAUCAGAACCUGAUUCCGUAGGCCUUACACAUGAUCCCGUGGAGAGUGGAAUCAUCGUUAUCCAUUCUCACACGCUAGCAACCCUCACCAAGAUCCUAGAGCCCCACCUCCCUCACUUCCCCAUCGCGCCAAAAAUUACUCGGACGUCUGAGAAAGGAGUUUACGAUCCCGCUGGGUAUCCCGUGCAGCAACUUUUGAUUUACGUACCGUUGGAUUCGGAAUCUGAUGAUAGUGCUAAUGCUAAUGGGAAUGGGAAUGAAGAUGGUGGCGAAACAAAAAUCCAACAACUCAAGACGAUAUUCGAUGUAAGAUCAAUUCAACUUGAGCGGAAGGAUAAAAUAAGUGGGAUGCGACAGGGUGAAAUAGUUACGCCGACUUCAUCUCUUUCAUCUCCAGUAUUCUCAUCAGAAAUGCAAUAUGAGGGUCAAAAAUGCAGGGUUUGGAGUAUUUGGCUUACGUGGGUAGCGGCGAAGGAAAGGUAUCAUGUAGGUCAUGAUGAUGCAAAGAUCGGGGGAGUUGGAAGGGAGAAAGAAAGUCUUGCAGAGCAGAUUGAUUGGGAGAAUAUGGGGGUGUUUGGAUGGGAGGAAAGAAAUUGGAUGUUUACGAGUUUUGGGGAAUUUUUGGCGAAGGAUCAGAAGAGCUGUGUUAUGAUGUGAGGAGGUGAAUGGUGGAGUGGAUGAUAGAGGGAUAGAAUGGGGAAAAGAAUCUGCCAUCAAUUACGGUUUUGGUUUUCCCAUGCGAAGUAAUCUUACAUGCUCGGAAGAAUUUCACUAGCUUUCCAUUUGAGUGAGCAACAUUGUGAAGAAGCUUUGCAUCAUUUGGAAUGCUUCGAGUACA